AUGCUUCCAUCUGCGGCCGAACUUGUUGCGCGUUUUCUAAGAGCUAGUGGAUAUACUGAGACGCUGAAUAGCUUUGUUCAGGAGGCCGAAUUGCCUUCUGAUAUCGGAGCAGCUUCCGAUAGUCUCGUCACCAUCGAGUCUAUUCUGGAAGAGAAGAAGAAGUUCGACCUCAGCCUCAGCUUCGAGAAGCUCGGUGUCGAUGAAACGAAUCAGGGAUGGGCCAUCCACGCACCAGUCACCCCGAAAGUCGUGCCGUCCCUACCAAGUCGGUCGAAUAUACUGAGCAUAUCAGUGCUCGAUCUCAAGCUGCCAUCAGUAACAGAGAUCAAACAGUAUGUUGGCGUCACCACUGCUGAUCGACAACUACACUUGAUGGAUCCAACGACAAAUUCGCUCGAUGUUGUGCACACAUUCUCCGGUUUUCAGGAUUCGCCGACACUGGAUCUUGUAGCUGUGGAUUCAACACAUCUGCUAAUCGCCUCAAUGUCCGGAAAGCUGACGCUAUUCGACACUGUCAACAACAGGAUAUUAGAGGAACGCAAAGAUCAUUCAAAGUAUCUAGUCAAGCUCUCAAUGUGGUCUUCCAAUGGCAGCUCCAUACUAGUUGCUAGUUCAGGAUGGGAUGCUAAGAUAAUACUAUAUCAGAUGGAUGUCAGCGCCGAGAAACCACAGCUUGGAGAUCCAAUAGCAACGUUGGAUUUGCCAAGCAUUCCAGAAUCGACUGUAUUCGUCACCUUGCCCGGGGAUGGGACUCCAGCUCUGGUAGUCGCUCGGAGAGAUUCUACGUUUCUACACUAUUACGCUGUACCCAGCCCAGAGUCACUGGCUUUCACUCUGAUUGGCAAGCAGAACCUUGCUCCACACUCUAAUGCUUGGAUUGCAUUCACACCAUCAGACAUACAAAUCUGUCCCACAAACCCACAGCUAGCAGCCAUCGCUACCUCCAGUACGCCGCAUAUGAAGCUACUGAUAGUGAAGCUACUACUCCCUCCCACAUAUUCCUCAAUGACUGUCACGGAAGCUAGUUUAGCCAUGGAAGUAUCCGUGACACAGGCGUCGCAAGCACGAGCUGAGCUAGCCACUGCAGAUAAAGAGGAAGCUGCUAUAUUAGUCAACGUUUCCACUCUAGCGCCACAAACGGCUUAUUCCACUCCACGCCUAGUUUGGCGCCCAGAUGGUACAGGUGUUUAUGUGAGCUCGGAUGACGGAGUAGUCCGCGGCCUUGAAGCAAGGAGCGGGAAACUCAUUUCUUCCCUACAUGCACACGAACCAGGGUCAAAGUUGCGAUGUCUCUGGGCGGGUUAUUUGACGGGGACCGCUACUCAAGUUUCAGACGAUCAAAGCAAUACCGAAUACUUGAUAAGCGGUGGCUUUGAUCAGAAGCUCAUCGUCUGGAGUCCUUCUUAA